AUGAAACUGUUUUGCAGACUAUUUUGUUUUGGUUUUGUAUUUUGUAUUUUUGUGGCUUGUCUGUUUGCAUCGGUGGAGAUGAAUGCCUUUGCGCUGUUGGCAGCACUCGGGGACACGACCAGCAGCUUUCAGGACCUGGUGGAGAGCAAGACCGCUUUCAGCCUAGACCUGCUCGACCAAGAUGAAUUUCUAAACGAGGUCAUCGCUCAUCAACCCCGCCUCCUUUCCUUGGUGUUGGCUCCGGAGGCUACGCAGUUGCAGCUGCGACUGGCACUGGGCGAGUGGCAGGGCAUCACGGACACCGAGGAGAAGGGCAUGCGGUACGCCCACAUGUGUUCGGAGGUGUUCUGCAUGGAUGUGAAGCCCAUCCAGGACUACUUGCUCGGCCCCGAGGCCGACACUGGCGCGCCCUUCCUCGCGCGCCUGCUGGCCGUGCUCGACCGAGACCCGCCGCUCUACGUCGUGCCGGUCCAAAACCUCUGCAAGAUCGUCUCCUCCCUCAUCAAGCACCGCCGAAAGGAGACAUUCGAGGCGCUCAAGAGCCACCCGGGGCUGGUGAAGCGACUGGCCGUACACGCUGCCGGUUCGUCUCCGCGCCUGGCCGAAGUGAUGUGGCUCUUCAUGGAGGACGAGUCGGUCGAUCCACUCGGCGUGAUUGAGUGGCUGGAGAGCGAGAAUCUGGUUCCGCAGCUGCUUGCGCAGCUCAACAACGACAAGGGCGACGUGGAGGUGUCGGCCACGGCGCUCUCCGUCUUGACUCAGAUCGUGGAGAGAUCGGACGCCAGUUCUCCGCUGGCUCAAUCCGCCCUUUCCGAGGCGUCGCAAGGGCUGGGAGAGAAAGUAUGGUCGGCGCUCGAGCUCGAGUGGCUGCCGGCCUACCACGACUGGCGGUCGGCCCACCUGUGGAUGGGGAAGCACUACGAGGUGCCGGUGGCGCUGUGCGUGCUCUACGUCAUCGUCAUCUUCGGCGGUAAGCGAUUGAUGAGAGAUCGGAAGGCGUUCGAUUUGCAGCAGCCGCUCUUCUUCUGGAACGUCUUCCUCGCGACCUUCUCGGCGAUCGGCGCUCUGUGCACGACAUUCGAGGCGCUCAAGAGCCACCCGGGGCUGGUGAAGCGACUGGCCGUACACGCUGCCGGUUCGUCUCCGCGCCUGGCCGAAGUGAUGUGGCUCUUCAUGGAGGACGAGUCAGUCGAUCCACUCGGCGUGAUUGAGUGGCUGGAGAGCGAGAAUUUGGUUCCGCAGCUGCUUGCGCAGCUCAACAACGACAAGGGCGACGUGGAGGUGUCGGCCACGGCGCUCUCCGUCUUGACUCAGAUCGUGGAGAGAUCGGACGCCAGUUCUCCGCUGGCUCAAUCCGCCCUUUCCGAGGCGUCGGUGCAGCAGGUGAUCGCCUUCACCUUUGCCCACGUUGCGGAGGUCAACGAAAGCCACCGCAAGCGACUGGUGAGCGGGCUUGAGUUUGUGCGAUCGCUGCUCGACUGGUGCGUGAGCUCGGCUCCUGACAAAGACGAGACUAGCAAGAAGGACCACUCGAAUAAGAAGAAGCGAGCCCUGUGGCUCGUGGGCGUUGAGAGCAAAAACGCCGACAACACCGAUAUCGACAAGCUAGUGGAGCUGCUCAAAACCCCCGUCAAGGUUCGCUUGCUUUUGCCGUUUCCCGGUUGA